UCCAAAUCAUUCUGACCCCACCUUCUCUCUUCUCUUUUUAUUCCCAACAAUUUCUUUUCCUGCUCUUCUCCUUUUGAAUUUUGAAGCUUCUGAGAGUUGAAACAUCAAACAAAAACUGCUUUUUUGUCCCUCUCUCUCUCUCUCUCUCUCUCUCUCUCUCUCUUUCUUCAACCACUCCUUUCUGUCAAAAAGAACUUUUUUUUUUUUUCAAAUUCUUCACUUUUGAUUGAUUUUCAGAAGUGGGUAUAGUUUUUUUUAUUUUUGGUUGUCAAGGGAUUUCAUGGCCUCGUCAUUGAAGAGUGGUUCAUAUUUUUCUGGGUUCAAUGAGACUAUGUUGGGCUCAAAUUCCAAUAGGGUUGCCGGUUUUUGCACAUUGAGUUCUUUAGAGUCUAAGGAUUCAACAUCAAAACAGUUUCCUCUCUUGAACAUUGAUUUUUUGGGCAAACCACUAGUUGUCCCAGCAAGAAAUUGGAGCAUUAAACCUGGAAACAGAUUCUCUGUUCAAGCAGAAACAACCUGUCUCAGCAAAGGUAUGAGAUGGUGGGAGAAGAAUCUUAAACCCAACAUGUUGCAGAUCCACUCGGCUGAAGAACUUGUGGAUUCCUUGCAAAAUGCUGGUGAUAGACUGGUUAUCAUUGGCUUCUAUUCACCUGCUUGUGGAGGCUGCAAAGCUCUCCAUCCUAAGAUCUGUCAGCUGGCUGAACGGAAUCCAAAUGCAAUUUUCCUAGAAGUUAACUAUGAAGAGCUAAACAACAUGUGCCAGUGUCUCAACAUUCAUGUCUUACCAUUCUUUAGGUUUUAUAGAGGUGCUGAGGGGCGUCUAUGCAGCUUUAGCUGCACUAAUGCUACUAUCAAAAAAUUCAAAGAUGCAUUGGCAAAGCAUGGAUCUGAUCGAUGCAGCCUUGGCCCUGCAAAAGGUUUGGAUGAGUCUGAGCUGAUGAAAUUAGUAGCAGCUGGUGAAUUAUCAACCAAUUUACAAUUGCCUUCCAUUAAGGAAGAAAGAAUGGAGGAUUUGCUCACGAGAAGCAAGGAAAUGUCUGGUACCUUGAACAAAGCAGAUAGUAAUAAGAUGAAGCUUGAAAAAGAGGCUGCUCUACUGUAGGUUUUGAUUUGAUAUUAAGCUCAAUUUUCCUCGUCUAUGUUAGCUGGGUUUUACAUAAGCAGGCUCCUGGGUUUUUUGAGUUGACCCCUGCCAAUUUUAUAUAUUUCAUGAUUGGACAUUAUAUUCUUAUCAAGGAAAUUGGUAUAUAGCAGUACUCAACAUUUAGUCUAUAACAUUGUUAUGAAUAAGUGGUUGAUACCAUUUUGAAACAAUUCAACUUCCAGAUUUGUUCUACAUUACUGAUUGCUUUUCCUGCAAAUCCAUUGCUAAAUUCAUAUGCAAUGU